GGUUGAACGGCCUGACCCCUGUCUCGUCGUCACUCUGUCAAAUUCCUAUUCCCUCCCAAAAGUUGAAUUGAAGAAACGAGGAACCCUAAACACCGAAUUGAUUCCUCUCCAUCUACCUCUGCUUGCCAUUUGGGGUGAAAGCAGAAAUUCCCACUUUCUCUCCGGCGGUGACUGGUCGGAGAGUUGAGGGAUUGGGUGCAGGCCAGUAACCCAACAAUUCCAAGUCCUCGACUUCACAGUCUCUUUCGCGGGAAACAGUUUCCGAGUGCAGUUUGAGAGAUUGAAUUCAUUUCCACCCUCCGGAUUUUUGGAGAUAUAGGCCUUGCCCGUGGCGAUGAUCGAGCUAGGAGAAGAUGGGCAAAACAGUGAGCAACUUAUUGAGGAUCAUGGAAAUGGACUCCACUUUGACGACAACGAUCUUGAAAUUGAGACUGAUGACCUUGAAAUCGAUGACACCAACCUUGAUAUAGAUUCCCAUGCCCUUGGUAUUGAGGAGAGUGCUCUUCAGCUAGAGGGCAAUGAUCUCGAGAUAGAAGAGACGAACUUUGAGCUAGAAGAGAACAAUCUUGAGAUAGAAGACAAUGACCUUGAGAACGAUUGUGAGCAAAUGCUUGAAUUUGAAGAACAUGGUCAUACCAGCAAUGAUAUGGCAGCCCCUGAUGCUGAAAAUGGUGAACCUCAGGUAAAUGUCUAUCCCGCACCUGUUGUGGGGAUGGAGUUUGAAUCAUACGACGAUGCAUACAGCUAUUACAGUUGCUAUGCCAAGGAUUUGGGUUUUGCAAUUCGGGUUAAAUCCUCGUGGACAAAACGUAACAGCAAAGAGAAGCGUGGUGCAGUGCUAUGUUGCAAUUGUGAGGGUUUUAAGACGAUGAAAGAAGCAAACAGUCGACGAAGGGAAACGAGAACCGGUUGUCUGGCAAUGAUAAGGCUGAGGUUAGUAGAAUCCAAUAGGUGGAGGGUGGAUGAGGUUAAACUUGACCACAACCACUCAUUUGACCCCGACAGAGUGCAGAAUUCCAAGUCCCACAAGAAAAUGGAUUCAGGAACUAAAAGGAAGAUGGAACCAACUGUCGACGUUGAAGUGAGAACAAUCAAGCUCUAUCGAACACCUACGACUGACCCAUUAGGCUAUGGAAGCUCCAAUUCUAAUGAAGGGGAAGGUAGCCACCAAACAGAUAGAUCCAAGCGCUUGAAACUUCAAAAAGGGGAUACACAGGUUUUGUAUAGCUACUUCUCUCAAGCUCAGCUGAAAGAUCCGGACUUUUUCUACCUGAUGGAUCUCAAUGAUGAAGGGUUUCUUAGGAAUGUUUUUUGGAUCGGAUCUAGGUCCAGGGCUGCAUAUGGUUACUUUGGGGAUGUGGUAAUAUUCGAGUCCUUGUGUUUGUCAAAGAAAUAUGAAGUUCCACUCUUUUCAUUUGGAGGGAUAAAUCACCAUGGACAGCGUAUUCUACUUGGUUGUGGUUUGCUUCUGGAUGAGUCAUUUGAAACAUAUAUCUGGCUGUUCAGGGCAUGGCUUACAUGCAUGUUAGGUCGUCCUCCACAAACCAUCAUUACUGACCACCAUUGUCAGACUAUGCAAAGUGCAAUUGCAGAGGUUUUUCCUAGGGCUCAUCAUCGACUUUAUUUGCCACAUGUUGUGCAAAGUAUAAUGGAAAGUUUUGGAUAUCUGCAGGACUAUGGAACAUUUGAAAUUAUCAUGAAUGCAACUAUCUAUGAUUCAUUAAAAGUAGAUGAAUUUGAGACGGCGUGGGACCAUAUGCUGCAGCACUUUGGUCUUGCAGGUAAUGAUUGGCUGAGAACUCUUUAUGAAGACAAGGAGCGGUGGGCUCCUGUUUACUCCAAAGAUACGUAUUUCGCUGGAAUUUCGGUUUUCCAGAAGGGAGAAUCUAUGGUUCCAUUUUUCGAAGGGAAUUUGCACCAACAGACUUCUUUGAAAGAGUUUUUGGACAUUUAUGAAUUAGCUCUCCAAAAGAUACAUCAGAAGGAAUCCCUUGAUGAUUCUGAAUCGAGAAAUUCAACCCCGCCAUUGAGAACAAAUAGCUAUUAUGAGUUACAGGUGUCGAAAGUUUACACCAAGAAGAUAUUCGAGAAAUUCCAGGAUGAAGUCGUGCUGAUGCCGUCUUGCUUCAGCAUAUCACAAGUCAAUGCCGGUGGUCCUGUGGUUACAUACACGGUGAAAGAACAUCGAGGGGAGGAAAAUCUCGAGGAUCCUAGGAACUAUGAGGUCAUGUAUGACAAAGCAGGAGCUGAAGUUCGCUGCAGCUGUGGCUGCUUCAGCUUCAAGGGUUACCUAUGUCGGCAUGCUUUGUAUAUUCUAAAAUACAAUGGCGUGGAAGAGAUUCCUUCCCACUAUAUUUUAGGUCGAUGGAGGAAGGAUUUGAAGCGAAUCUAUGUUCCGGAACUUGGGUCCAACAAUGUGGAUGCAUCUAACCCAGUUCAGUGGUUCGAUCAUUUGUACAGACGAGCCAUGCAGGUAGUCGAGGAAGGAAUGGUAUCUCAAGACCACUAUAUGGUUGCUUGGCAAGCAUUUAAAGAGUCAUUGAAAAAGGUCUGUCUAGUAGCAGAGAAACAUGUAUGAUAGACUUUUGUAAUGACGAUGGCAUGUUGUGCAUAUAAUUCUUUGUAGAUGGGAAUAGAAUUUCUUUCAUGGAUCCUAAUUCAACAGGUUCUUCUUUUGUGAGUUUGAUUUUUUACUAAAUGUGUCAUCACUGCAAGAAUAAAUGGGUAGCUUAGCAAUG